GUAAUAAUAUAAUUAUAGAGAAUUUAGAAUAAACGCAAUAAAUGAAAUCAAGAGAAAAGCAUUUUGUCAUAAUUUUGAUAAUUGUCAUAAUACUCUUUUCUACUUAAAUUCUGUGUCAAGACGCAUAUAAACCCUUGCUACUUGUAUUAAAUUUUACAAUUUUACUUUGGAAGCUGUAAUAUCGAUAAUGAAUAUGAUAGUAGAAGAUUGGUUAAACUCAAAAAAUAUACAAGAGAAGAAUAUAAUGAUCACAUGGGCACAGAAGCCACGUAAGAUUAUUAUGAUUGCAUACUCCAUAAUGGGAAUAAGUUAUGCCUGUGUUGUCGUUUUGCCUGCUCUUGGAAUUUCAGUAACAUAUACAAGGAAUGCUACUGAUAUAAACAAGAUACUACCGCUGCAGGGCUAUUACAUUUACGAUGUAACAAAGACACCACUGUACAUACUAACGUAUAUUGGUCAAGUUAUCACUUUUUUCUUUGCCGUAAUGGCAUACACAGGAAUCGACAAUUUUCUUGGGUUACUAGUGUUUCAUAUCUGUGGACAAAUGGAGAUCUUAACGGCUCGCUUUUCAUGCUUGAGUAAAUUAACGAAGUUUCGUAACGGCUUGGAAAGUUGUGUGAGAAACCACAUACGAUUACUUAGAGCCAUCGCUAUCGUAGAGGAUACAUACAAUAAAAUACUAUUGGCAUUGUUUCUAUACUUCGGACUUCUUUUCGCUUUCUUUGGAUUUCUGCUUAUUAGCUUGAUUGAAGAAAAGAGUUAUGUUUCUAUUACUCGUAUAUUGUAUCUCGUAAGUAAUCUUACUAAUAUAUUCGUUCAUAUGGGCUUGUAUUGUGCCGUAGGUGAAAUUUUGGUAUCUCAGUGCGAUAAAGUUUAUUAUGCAAUAUGCGAUCAAGAAUGGUAUUGUCUUGAUCCAAAACAUGCAAAAGAUUUAAUAUUUCUAAUGAUACGAACGAGAAUAUCAUCUUACAUUACGGCAGGGAAAAUAUUUCCUAUGACAAUGGCUACAUUUUGCAAUCUAGUAAAAACUUCGGUCAGUUAUGUAUCCGUUAUGUUUACAAUCAAAAAUUAAUUAAGAAUGACUUGGCACAACAUAGUAAUUAAAAGGAUAUAUGACGCGAAUUGGCCAGUGACCACACAUUUGUUUCUACGGUAUGAUAUAUUCUGUCAAGAUAUACACGAAAUUUGUAAACUUCUAUAAAAAGGAAAUUGAAAUGCAUAAAACAAAUAAAUAAAAGUAAAAAGUAAAUAUUAUAGAGAAUAAUAUAAUUAAUAUAAUCAAAAUGUAAAAAUCUAAAUAUAUGUUGUACUAUAAUAAAGUUUCUGCAAAUAUAUUUAUUAUGGUAAA